CCGACAACCCUCCCGCAGGGCACCAUCAACAUGAACCAGUGCACGGAUGUGGUGGACGGGGAGAGCCGCACAGGGCAGAAAUUCUCCUUGUGCAUCCUGACGCCGGAGAAGGAGCACUUCAUCCGUGCCGAGAACAAGGAGAUCAUCAGCGGAUGGCUGGAGAUGCUGAUAGUCUAUCCGAGGACGAACAAGCAGAAUCAGAAGAAGAAGAGGAAGGUAGAGCCCCCAACUCCCCAGGAGCCUGGUCCUGCUAAGAUGGCCGUGACCAGCAGCAACAUCCCCAGCGCGGAGAAGGUCCCUGCCACCAAGUCCACGCUUUGGCAGGAGGAACUGAGGGGCAAAGACCAAGCGGACGGGGGCAGCGGCAUCAGCCCGGCACCGAGCCCAGUGCAAGGCCAGGCGGGGGCUGCCAGCUCCCUGAAGGAUCCCGUGCUGGACAGCAAGGAAGAUGAGAACUCCAUGAACGGGGACCGGAUAGACUGUGGGCGGAAGACGCGUGUUGAGAGCGGGUACUUUUCCUUGGAGAAGACCAAGCAAGACUCGAAGCUGGAAGAGCAGCAGCACCCGCCGCGCCCACCCAGCCCCAGCACCCCGAACAACAGCUUCUCUCUGAACUCCUUGGACUCGAAGAGCAGUUGCCCCAUGCACAAGGACUCCAGCAACAGAGAUGUAGGAAGGGGAGCUGAAAAAUCGGGGCGUCCCCUUUCUUUUAAAGCCAGCCGGCAGUACACCACCCUGGCCGACGUUCCCAAGGCCAUUAGGAUCAGUAAUCGUGAGGCCUUCCAGGUGGAGAGGAAACGGCUAGAACGGAGAACCCGGGCCCGUAGCCCUGGGAGAGAAGAAGUGGCCCGGCUCUUUGGCAAUGAGAGAAGGCGAUCCCAGGUAAUUGAAAAAUUUGAGGCAUUAGAUAUUGAGAACGCGGAGCACAUGGAAACGAACGUGUCGGCCGGCGCUGCCCUUUCCAGCGAGACGCGGCAGGGCAGGAGCGAGAAGAGGGUUUUCCCACGGAAACGGGACUUCACUUGCGAAGGUGCCGCUGUGGGCUCCAUCCUGGACGUGUCCACGUCUCCUCUGUCCCCGCAUCGCCGGGCAAAGUCACUGGACAGAAGGUCCACAGAGUCCUCUAUGACGCCUGACCUGCUGAAUUUCAAGAAGGGCUGGUUGACAAAGCAGUAUGAGGACGGGCAGUGGAAGAAGCACUGGUUUGUGCUGACCGACCAGAGCCUGAGAUACUACCGGGAUUCGGUGGCAGAGGAGGCUGCUGACUUGGAUGGAGAAAUCGAUUUAUCCACGUGCUACGAUGUUACUGAGUACCCAGUUCAGCGAAACUACGGCUUCCAGAUCCACACGAAGGAAGGGGAGUUCACCCUCUCCGCCAUGACGUCGGGCAUUCGCCGCAACUGGAUCCAGACCAUCAUGAAGCACGUUCGCCCCACCACUGCUCCCGAUGUAACAAGGAAUAUGAAAUACGUUCCUAUAUCAAGGCUCCUCUGGAUUCCCACCAG